AUGAGCAGUCCCCUCAAAGAUUCAAAAGCAUCCAAACCUGAUAAUAUGACUAUCAUUGAGAAUGCUGACGAUGCUGCGCCUACUAAUGGGGGAGAGAAAACGAGAAUUCGCGACAGGUCUUCUCGAAAGAGGAGAUCAGAUUCCAAGGGUCGGAGAAGUAGAUCAGCAUCCAAGGGUAGCAAAAGCUCCCACAAAAUGAGCAGUGGAAGCGGCCACAGACGACGCACCAAGAAAGCUGGAAUGAAAUCUUCGUCGCACAGCAAAGAAAGUAAUAGCGGCCCAUCAGAACUUUUGUAUGGAGACAAAAACACCAAGGCAAAAGCAAAUGCAUCACGGGGUACGACAAGGUCCCUAAAACCAGGUGCUGAGCUUGUCAGUUCAUCAGGAAAAAGGAGGGACACCCUCAGCAUAGCUGAAAGUACUGAAAUAUUGUACGGAGACGAAGAUGCUAAGUCGAAAGCAAAGGCAUCACGAAGCUCGAAAGGUUCACUCAGACCCGGUGCUGAGCUUGUCUGUUCGUCUGGACACAGCAAGAGUACUAGCGAUACCGCCCAUACUAUCGCAGUAUUGUACGGAGAUGCCGAUGCCAAGUCGAAAGCAAAGGCAUCAUCGAAUUCGAAAAAAUCCCAUAAACCCGGUGUUGAGCGUUUCAGUUUGUCUGGACACAGCAAGAGCACUGGCGACACCGACCACAUUACUGCAGUCUUGUACGGAGACGAAGAUACCAAGGCGAAAGCAAAGGCAUUACGAAAUUUCAAAAGAUCUGUCAAUCCUGGUGUGGAACUUGUCGGUGCAUCUGGACAUAGUAGGAGCACCAGUAGCAGCAACCAAAGCACACAAAUCUUGUAUGGGAUGGGUACCGAAGAUGCCAAAGCAAAGUCAAAAGUAAUGCUGGGAUCUUCUUCCCACCAAAGCAGUAAAAGUAUCGGCACAAAGAGUACUGUCGAGAUCCUCUAUAGAGAUGACGACGAUGAUGAUACCAAGAACAAGGUGAAGAAGGGAUCAGGAAGCUCCAGAUCCAACAAGAAUCCGGGAGUGGAAAGCAUGGGCAGAUCAUCGAGGAGUAUGACACCGCCAGUGGAUGGGCAUGUGGUUCCAUGGAUGAUGAUUGAAGAUGAUUCCAAUUCGUCACAGGCGAAAGACUCAAUUGUUGGGGAUGGGCAACCUGUGGCGUCCAAGAAGGAUCGAAAGUCAGGAAAGAAAGAGAAAGUUUCGUACAAAUUGUGGAUUAUUUUGACUGUCGCCAUUCUUGUCAUUGGCGGUGGACUGACAGCCUUUGCUGUUCUCAGAAAAGGCGACGAUGAUCAAGGUGCACAGGUUCAAGAACAUGACUCCUAUGAUCCUACUACUGAAUCGCCCGAACUUGUAUCCGAGGCUCCAGCCGGUUCCCCAAAUGGCACACCAACAGCGGUACCAUCAUCCAAAAAGCAGGUUCUGGAUCCACCAAGCCCGGAAGACUGUGCUGCCAUUAGGAACAACCAAACCAUUUCAGGGAACAACAACACACUGUCUGAGAGCAACUGGAAUGCCAACAUUCAGAUCAAUGUCAAGGGUGAAACUGGAAUGACUAACGAAAUGAUACAGGAAUUGUUGGAUUCCAUUCAAGCGCUCCUGCUUCCAGCCAUGGCUGGCUGCACGAAUGGCGAUCAGCGAAAUCUAAUCGAAUUGGACAAAACAGUCAUCCCAGGAGCCUCCAAAGAAAUGGAAGAAAUUCUUGAUGAGUCUCGAUAUGCGAUUCUAUUCGCACGUGUCAACGGUGAAUUGCUGAAAGAUGCAGUCUGUGUGGAUGCAACAACUCCCGAGCUAUGUUAUGUUGUCCUUGUCGAGUUUUCUUUACUACUGGAUGCUGAUAUUACUUCUGCCGAUGUUGAGGCCAUUGUAUUAGAGGAAUUGGCAAACGGCAAGAACAUGGUAUCAAAGUUGGACCUUGAUGAUUUGUUCCUAUCAGUGAAUGCAAGAAAUAUUAUUGAUGUGACACCUUCCGAAGCUCCAUCUGCCCCGCCAACUGAUGUUUCAUCUAGACUGCCAAGCAACAGUCCGACGAAGUCUCCUAUAGCUCAGCCGGCAACAGAAGGUCCUGAUAGCAUCCCAACACUCGUGCCAGUGCCGCAACCAACGCGUAUUCCAGGUACUCCCACAUCCAUUCCUGUUGAAGCACCUACGUUGGCUCCCAUUCGAUCUCCUUCUGCUAUGCCAACGGGCGCUCCAAGUACGACCUCGCCAUCUGCAAUGUCACUCAUGACUCCACCUUCUGCAUCAACAUCGAUGCCAGUUGUCGGGCCAUCGCCUCCGCCAACCGUAUCACCAACAACUUUGGUUUCAAGCCCACCGUCCACGAAGCCAUCGAUAGCAACAGGCGAUUUGUCAACACCUAGCCCUAUGAUUGAGCAAACGUUAUCACCGACAGGCUUGACGUCAGGCCCAGUUUCCACAAAGCCACCGAUGACACCAUUUUCGUCACCAACAUACAUGCCAGUGGUCGGACCAACGCCUCCUCCAACUGUAUCAUCGACUGCUUUGGCUUCAAUCUCACCAUCAAUAACGCCAACACAUGGUCCAACAAUGAAGCCUAUCGUGGCAACACCAAAUCCAACUGCUAUUCCCAGUCGUGCUCCAACAAUGAAGCCUAUCGUGGCAACAACAAAUCCAACUGCUAUUCCCAUUCGUGCUCCAACAGCAAAACCGACGCCUGCUCCGACACCUAUACCAACACCAAAUCCUACCCCCGAACCAACUCCGAAUCCAACAACAACUGCUCCAAUCUCUCGUGCUCCUACCAGCUUAUUCUGCUGCUCGAACAAUUUGAAAGACUGCAAUAUCCCUGAUCCAUCAUGCAAUUCUAGCUUACUAAGCUGCAGCAAUUGCAAUGGGUAUUUCAUUGUGCAAGGCAGCUGCACAGGGAUCGCCAAAUUUGAGGAUUGCACUAACUAUUUGCUUGGCUGCUGUGCGACCCUUAGUUGUGUUGCACAGGAUUUAUUCUCUUCACGAUGCGAGUAG